AUGACACCCAACCCGGUCCGCAAGUUCUCCACGGGAGCCUCCUCCCAUCGCAAGAGGCAGAUGAGCCUUAUUGUCGAGAAGGAAGGUCAACUUGGAGCUUCUCUUACCACCCUGUACCUUGGUAUCUCAGCUGUCUUUGCUGAUGACCACACCGCGGUCGUUGCCCUCGCUAUCCACGAUACCACAUACCUCCUCGACUUUUCCGUCAAGCACGUCGCCCUCGAUGAGGACCUUCGUGAGGGCAAUGAUCUCAUUGCCGACCACAUCAUCUCCGAAGUUGAGAACUACGAGCACGAAAACUUUGUCAAGUUCAUCGGUGCUGGUCUCCCAACCUCGCUGAAGUACAUGAGCCCUACCCUCUGCUCACGCCUCUGGCUCGAGCUCGACAUCAUCCCUGUUGUCCUCCGACCCGACUCUGAAGCCAAGGAAAAGAGCUUCUGGGAUGUCAAGCGUGUCGAUGAGCAGGCUGACUCCAUGGUCCGCAAGUGUAUCCUCAACUUCGGCCCCUCAUUGGUUCCUCUGCUGCAAGUCGGCUGGAGGGGCAUUGUCCAGACUGAUGCUGGUUUCCGAGUCCACCUCACCACCGUUGGAGACCACAAAGCCACCUGUGGCCUUCCCACAUGGAACACCAUGCAGGUUUACGCCCACAGACUCCGAGAGAAGAAGACCAAGGUCGCCUUCUUCAGCAGCACCCCCCAGGGUGGAGGUGUCGCUCUCAUGCGCCACGCUCUCGUCCGUCUCUCUCGUCUGCUAGGCGUUGACCUGGUGUGGUAUGUCCCCAAGCCCCGACCUGGUGUCUUCCGAAUCACCAAGAAUGUGCACAACAUUCUCCAGGGUGUCAGCCACCCCGACCAGCGCAUUUCCGCUGAGGAAAAGGCUUCCAUCACCGACUGGAUCGAGGACAAUGCCAACAGAUACUGGCUUUCUGAGGGUGGUCCUCUCCGUCCCCCGGAGGAGGGUGGUGCCGAUGUCAUCAUCAUCGAUGAUCCCCAAAUGCCCGGCCUCAUCCCAUUGAUCAAGAAGAUCACCCCCAACCGCCCCGUUCUUUACCGAUCUCACAUCCAGAUCCGAAGCGACCUCGUCGCCAUCGAGGGCUCCCCCCAGGCCGACAUCUGGAGCUUCCUCUGGGGCAACAUCCAGCAUGCCGACAUGUUCAUCAGCCACCCCAUCCCCAAGUUUGUGCCUCUCAACGUCCCCCGCGAGAAGGUUGUCUACCUUCCCGCCACCACUGACUGGCUCGAUGGCCUGAACAAGCCCAUGAACAAGUGGGACACUGGCUACUAUGGCCACAUCUACAACCAGCAGUGCCACUCCCAGCGAAUGACUCCCCUUGCUUGGCCCAACCGCAAGUACAUCGCCCAAGUCGCCCGAUUCGACCCCGCCAAGGGUAUCCCGACCGUCAUCGACUCGUACGCCGAGUUCCGACGCCAGUGCGACAAGGCCGGCAUCACCGAUGUUCCCCAGCUCGUUGUCUGCGGCAACGGCUCCAUCGAUGACCCCGAUGCCACCAUCAUCUUUGACCAGACCAUGAACCAGCUCGAGACUCACUACCCCGAGCUUCUUCCCGACUGCAGCGUCAUCCGCCUCGAGCCCAACGACCAGCUCCUCAACAUGGUCAUUGCCAACGCCCACGUCAUCCUGCAGCUCUCCACCCGCGAAGGUUUCGAGAUCAAGGUGUCCGAGGCCCUCCACGCCGGUGUCCCCGUCAUCUGCUCCAACGAGGGCGGCAUCCCGACCCAGGUCAAGGAGAAUGUCAACGGAUACCUCGUCACUCCCGGCGACUACAAGACCGUUGCUGGCCACCUCAUGAAGCUGUUCACCGACGAGGAGCUCCACGCCAAGAUGAGCUACGAGGCCCGCACCGGCGUCAGCGACGAGGUCGGCACUGUCGGCAACGCCCUUGGAUGGUUCUACCUGGCGGCCAAGUUUGCCGAGAACGGCGUCAACCCCGGCCUGCCUGGCAAUGAGAAGUGGGUCAACGACAUGGCUCGCGACGAGGCCAAGAUCCCCUACACCGAAGGCGAGAACCGCCUCCCCCGGCGCUACACCCAGAAGGCUCCCGAGGCACCAGCGGAAGAAGAGGAGGAAGAGGAGGAUGACGAGUAG